AUGGCGGAGCCAGAGGACCAGGCCGACCGGUCACAGCCGGAAAACGAACAGUCUUCUGCCGAGGAGGACUCGGAGCGGCAGUACACUGAAGGCCAUGAGAUAUCACCACAGCUGGAAAACAAUGGCCAAGAAAUUGAUGAGAGCAGAGACCCCACCAGAAGUCCCGAAGAGGACAUUACAACUGAAGGCGGGGGCGGAUCUGAAGGGGGAAUGGAUGCUGAGAAAGGCACCAGCACGGAUGGGGAAGCCACCUCUGAAGGAGAAGUGGAGUCCAAUGGAGAGAUUCCCCCAGAAACAGAAGUGGAAUUCAUUGGAGAGACCUCCCCAGGAACAGACAUGGAACCCACUGGAGAGACCGCCCCAGGAACAGAUGUGGAACCCACUGGAGAGAGAAUACAGGAAAUAGAAGUUGAGUCCAUCGAAGAGGCUACCCCAGGGAUGGACGUGGAACCCGUUGGAAAGACCAUGACAGAACUCAAAGUUGAAUCCAUCGAAGAGGAAACCUCAGAAACAGACGUGGACUCCAUUAGGAAGGCCCUCCGAGGAAUAGACUUGGACCACAUCGAAGUUGCCACUCCGCCAAAAAAGGCUAAACACGUUAGAAAGGUCAGACCCCAAGCGAAAGUUGGAUUCACUGGAAGAGCUGCCCCAGAAGGAGAAUUACACGUUUCUGACCAAGAGAAAGCAGAAGCCCACCUCUACGAGUCGGACGAGCUCUCUGAGAUAGUCAGCUCUCCCGAGGUCUCCUACUCUGACGUCAGUCCCUGGGAGAUGGGUGGAGAGGAGACAAACGCCUCAGCCACAUCAACCGACACAUCCCAGCAAGGCAUAUACGAGCCCAUAGAGCCCUUAGAGCCCCCAGAGCCCUCAGAGUCCCCAGAGCCUGCGCAGCCCCCAGAGCCCGCACAGCCCCAAGAGGGCAGCACGGAGAGAGCCCCAGCACGUCCCUAUCACAGAGACUUCCCUAUGGGGGCACGACAUCGAUUCAGACUGAGCAUCGUGGGAAGUCUGACUCCCUCGGACACUGAUGAUCUUCCCCUGGAAAUCGAUGAAGCGCCUCAGCAAGAGUCAGUGCAGUCAUCUCCCAGAGCCCUUGAAGAAACCCGGAUACAGUUCCUAGACCAGGUCCAGACCCUCAGCCCUGAGUCCCUGGUCGAUAGAGCAACGUCUGAAGGGAGCAAUGAAGCAGAGGAGGAAGGCUCCCAGCUGAUGGUGCUGGACCCAGACCACCCCCUGAUGACCAGAUUCCAGGAGGCUCUGAAGAGCUACCUCAACCGGCAGAUGGACAAACUGAAGCUGGACAUCCAAGAGCUGGCUGUGGCCACCAAGCAAACCCAAAACCAGAGGCAGGAGCUGGGCGUGAACCUCUACGGGGUCCAGCAGCACCUGGCCCGCCUGCAGAUGCAGCUGGAGAAGAGCCAUGACCGGCACUCUCUGGCGGCCUGCGAGAGGAGGAGGAUGGAGGAGGAGCUGCAGUGUGCCCGCGCCCUCUACAACAAGACCUCCCAUACCGCCAAUGAGGAGCGAAAGAAGUUGGCCGCCCUGCAGACGGAGAUGGAGAGCCUGGCCCUGCACCUCUUCUACAUGCAGAACAUAGAGCAGGACGUGUGCGAUGACAUCCAAGUCAUGAAGCAGGUGGUGAAGAAGACCGAGACAGAGAAGAUGCGCGCGGAGAUAGAGAAGAAAAAGCAGGACCUGUUUGUGAACCAGCUCACCGAAAGGUCACACCAGCUAGAAGAAAACAUCGCCCUGUUUGAGGCUCAAUACUUGUCCCAAGCUGAGGACACACGGGUCCUCAGGAAAGCAGUGACUGAGGCCAUCGCAGAGAUCGACACCAUCGCCAUAGAGAAGAAGCGCAUCCUACAGCAGUGGACCACCAGCCUCGUGGGCAUGAAGCACCGUAACGAGGCUUACAAGACAGUGAUGGAUGCGCUCAGGGAGUGUCAGCAUCAGGAGAAGUCCACAGACGGUGAGAUCGAAGUCUGCAAGAAGUCCAUCAUGCAGGAGGAGGAGAAGAAUGAGAAGCUGGCCCGUCUCCUGAACCGCGCGGAGACAGAAGCCACACUGGUGCAGAAGAUGAUCGCCCAGUGCUUAAGCAAGCAAGAGGCUCUGCAGACGGAGUUUAACACGUACCAGCUCGCCCUGCAGGACACGGAGAUGAUGCUGAACAAGGGCUGUGUGGAACACUCGGCAGUCUUGAGCGAGCUCCAGGCCACCCGCCAGGCUUUCCACCAGGAGCAGGAGCUACGGCAAAAGAUGGACGCGUCCAUCCUGGACAAGCUGCAGGAACACGGGACCUCCAGCAAGAUGACCAAGUACUUUCAUCAGCUCCUUCGGAAGAUGCAAAAGGAAAACACCAACCUGGUAACACAUCUUUCAAAAAUUGACGGCGAUAUCGCCCAGGCCACCCUGGACAUCACCAACACCAACUGCAAAAUAGACAUGCAUAAGAAGACGCUGGCAGAGCUAGACAAGGAGGUAAAGAGGUUCAACGAGCUCAUCACCAACAGUGAGAGCGAGAUCGUCCGGCGCACCAUCCUCAUCGAGAGGAAGCAGAGCCUCAUCAACUUCUUCAACAAGCAGCUGGAGCAGAUGGUGUCUGAGCUGGGGGGGGAAGAAGCUGGGCCCCUGGAACUGGAGAUCAAAAGGCUGUCGAAGCUGACAGAAGAGUACAACACGGGAGUGGCUGAGGCGCAGAUGACCUGGUUGCGUCUGCAGCAGGAACUGGUCCAGGUCACACAUGAGCGGGAGGAGCAGCUGGUGUCCGUGGACCAACUGAAGAAGGAGGUGCACAUCAUGGAGCAAAAGAAGCUUCGCAUAGAGAGCAAGAUUGAGCAUGAGAAGAAGGAGCAAAAGAUAGUGAGCCGCCACAUGAGGGACCUGGACAACGACCUGAGCAAGCUCAACAUGCUGCUGGACAAGAACCGAUGCAGUUCAGAACUGCUGGAGCAGAACAAUGUAGCAGCUGAGAAAGAGUUUCUGCGAGUGCUGAAGGACUUGGAAAGAGAGACCAUUCAAAUGCAGGAAAAGCUGAUGGAACUCUCUGAGGAAAAGGCCACCCUCCUCAACAGCCUCGUGGAGACCGAGCAUCAAAUCAUGCUGUGGGAGAAGAAAAUCCAACUGGCCAAGGAGAUGCGCAACUCGGUGGAUUCCGAGACCGGGCAGACAGAGAUCCGUGCCAUGAAGGCGGAGAUCCACAGGAUGAAGGUUAAGCAUGGGCAGCUACUGAAGCAGCAAGAGAAGAUGAUCCGUGACAUGGAGCUGACUGUGGCCCGCAGGGAGACCAUCGUCACCCAGGCUGAAGGGCAGAGCAAGAUAGACAAGAAGGUGGUCACCAAGACAGAGUUCCACUACCAGCAGAGCGAGCUGCGGAAGAAAGUCAAGGAGAUUCACAAGGCCACAGAUGAAUGCGCCAACACCAUCUCAGAACUGGAAGAAACUCAAAAGCUCCUAAGCAGCUCCCUCCAGGAGAAGCAGCAAUUGCUGUCAGAAACACAGGCUGCCACAGAUGUUCUUGAAGAGGAGAUCAGCCAGCUCACAGCUCUCAAACGGCAGAACCUUUUGGAGAUCGUGACCCUGCAGACCCGUGCCAAGCACCUGCAGGCCGCCAUUGACGGGAAAUACGUGUUCCUGCACCGCAAUAGCAAGUCCCAGCUGAUGGAGCGUAAGCGCCUGAGCGUCCAGCUGUCCCGGCUCAACGCUGUCCUCUCCAGCGUGCAGGAAGAUUACCCCCAGUACCACGAGGUGCUGCAGAAAAUUCAACAGAAGAUCGCCACCAAGCUGGAGACCCCAGAGCCCUCCUAG